AUCGUAUCAAAUUUCCCAACAAACUCUCUCUCUCUCCGAAUUCUUUGUUUGUGUUUGUUUACCCAAAAAAAAAAAAAAAACAAGAAAAUUCCAAUGGCACCCAAGGCCGAGAAAAAGCCCGCUGAGAAGAAGCCAGCCUCCGAGAAACCCACGGAGGAGAAGAAAUCCGCAGUCGCCGAGAAAGCCCCGGCGGAGAAGAAGCCCAAGGCCGGGAAGAAGCUUCCCAAGGAAGGUGGAGCCGGCGCCGGAGACAAGAAGAAGAAGCGCGUGAAGAAGAGCGUGGAAACCUACAAGAUCUACAUCUUCAAGGUCCUGAAGCAAGUCCACCCAGACAUCGGGAUCUCCAGCAAGGCCAUGGGGAUCAUGAACAGCUUCAUCAACGAUAUCUUCGAGAAGCUCGCUCAGGAGGCUUCGCGUUUGGCUCGUUACAACAAAAAGCCAACGAUUACUUCUCGGGAGAUUCAGACCGCCGUUCGUUUGGUCUUGCCUGGUGAACUCGCCAAGCACGCCGUGUCCGAGGGGACCAAGGCGGUGACAAAGUUUACAAGCUCUUGAAUCGAAUGAUUUGGUAUUGCUAGGGUUUCGGGCAUUACUUUUUUCAUUUUGUGAUUAGGAUUAGGGUUUCGGCGGUACUUUCUAAUAUGAUGUCGUUUUAUGUUUUUUUUUGAGUAAUGUUAGUUGAAUCUAAUAGUGGUGAUGUAAGUACUGAUAUGAUUUUAAUUGGAAAUGGAAAUGCUUUUACCCA